AUGAGGAUCUUUUACUAUCUCUAUUUUCUGUGUUAUGUGACCUUCAUUCUACCAGCAACAUGUACCUUGGUGGAUGCUGAUCGUUGCACCAAACGUUAUGGUCGUUGUAAAAGAGACUGUCUUGAGAGUGAAAAGCAAAUAGACAUAUGUUCCUCAGCAAGAAAAAUUUGCUGUAUUGAGAGGUUGUAUGAAGAUGAUAUGUUUUGAAAAGGAAGGCAUACCUCUGAACAAAGAAGUUACAUGGGCACCAGGGCAGAGAGGUAUGGGAAU